AUGCCAGAUGAGAAGAAGUCACCUGUGAGGGCCGCUAGCCAACCGGGUUCGGAUGUCGAGGUGGGCCAAGUAGCCUCGACAGGGUAUGAUGAGAGUGGAUGGAGCAGGGGGCUGUCGCCUCGUGCUGUCAUUAUGCUGUCCCUCGGUGGUGGAAUUGGACUGGGUCUCUGGAUCGGUACAGGGACAGCGCUGUCUGCUGGCAAAACUGACGAUGAGACAGCCGGACCCGCAGGAUGUGCUAUUGGUUAUGCAUUGGUUGCACUCGCAAUCUACAUUGAGUUCCUCUCAAUUGGAGAGAUGACUUGCUACAAACCCAUCGGCGGAGGAUACAUCCGCCAAUGCAUGGAGUACGUCGACCCGGCAGCCGCAUUUGCAAUGGGCAUGAACCUGUGGUUCUCGUGGACUAUGACAGUCCCGGCCGAGGUGAUUGCCUGCAUCAAUGUGCUGCAGUAUUGGGAGGCUCCGAGAAACUUCCCUAUGGCAGCGUACAUCACGAUAUUCGCCAUAGUCACCGCAAUACCCAACUUAUUUCAUGUGCGGAAAUACGGCAGCGUGGAAGUUGUAAUGAGUGCACUUAAGGUCUUCUCAAUUACCUCUUCCAUGUGCUUCCUGUUCAUCAUGGCAUCUGGUGGACUGCCGUCACAGGCUGGCCCACUUGUGUUCCACUACUGGAAAACACCAGGGGCAUUCAAUAAUGGAAUCAAAGGCGUCUGCAAGGCUGUGCUUCAGGCCGCAUUUAGCUGUCCCUCAGCCGGCUGGGUCGCCAUUACAGCUGGCGAGAUGAAGGAUCCACGAAGGACAGUAAAACGCUCAACCAACCCGCUCUUCUGGCGCAUGUUCCUCUUUUAUAUUGUUAACAUCUGGCUCGUCGGCAUGUGCGUGCCUUACAACCACCCAGACCUGACCGCGUCCAGCACACUGUCGAGCCCCUUCAUCAUUGCUAUCCGUGACGGCGGCUCACCGACCUUUGCCCACAUAAUCAACGGCCUCGUCUUUGUCACUGUUCUCUCCUGCAGCAUGACUUCAUACUACGUGGCGAGCCGCUCCUUCUCGCAUAUGGCUGAUAUUGGGAUCAUCCACUCCUGGUUCGGCAAGAAGGAUGCGGCCGGCCGUCCCUGGUUUGCGCUUGUCAUGAGUGGGCUGCUGGGUGGAGGCCUGACAUACUUGAAUCUCAACAAUACGUCUACGCAGGUCUAUAAUUGGUUCUCGAACCUGGUCGGCAUCUCCUCCUUUUGCAACUGGUUUUUGAUCUAUGUCUCCCAUAUUCGAUUCCGCCAAGGUCUCAAGUCCCAGGGAAUCGACAACAGAACGCUCCCUUACCGUGAUCGCUUCGCCCCCUACUCACAGUAUCUUGGAAUGGUGCUGAUAAUCCUCUUCCUUGCCGCGCAAUUAUACUUUGCCAUCUAUCCGUUCAAAGGAAAUCCUAGUGCGGAGAAUUUCUUCGCUACGUACAUCACUGUUCCGCUGUUUUUCGCGGACUACGCCUUAUACAAGAUAUAUUUCAAGACGAAGCUAGUAGCGCCCAAAGACAUGGAUUUUGGCCCGGCAAAGUAUUUUGACAGGAUUGACGAAGAGGAAAGAGAGGAAGAAAGGCUCAACCCGACGCCCAAGCAAUCAUUGCUGGGUCGUAUAUGGGGAAUGAGGACAGCAAUCAUCUGA